AUGAGCAUUCCGGGAAUAGAUCCCUCGGGAUAUUACUUCAUGGAGUACCUGCGGGCUUGUUUGCUGCGGAUGGCAAUAGAAAUGCUGCGGCUGCCGAUCAGCACUUUGCUGCUGCUGCUGCUGGCAGCAGCGGGGCUGCGCCCCUUCCUCAGCUGCAGGCUACAUGCAGAAGCAGCAGUGCUGUCGCUGUGCUCGCUGCUGUGUCUGCUGGCCAUGCUGGCCACUUGGGCUUUUGCUGCUGCAGUUGAGCAGCAGCUAAGGCCCUCCAAAGUCCCCCACUAUUUAGUAAUGCGCUACCACAUGGAGUUGGGAGGCGAAGCCAAAGAGGCCUACCUCCAGGAGUUCACGCCCCCCUACAAGCUGCAGCCGCAGCAGGUCAGGCGCCGCUGCAGCAGCAGCAGCAGCAGCAGCAGCAGCAGCGGCAGCAGUAGCAGCGACAGCAGCAGCGGCAGCGGCGGCGGCGGAGUAAGUGCCUGGCCGGGAGUUUGUUCGCGCUACUUCUACGGAACCACUUUGCCGAAUAAACACCAGCAGCUGUUUUGCUUCUGGGCCAAUGGACCCACCAUUGUGAUGCGGGCUUUGGAGGCCUCGUACUUCUGCCAGCUGCUGGUGCUGGCGUGGUGGGUGCAGCUGCUGCGCUCCCACCCAGCCACUUGGCUGCGCAUCUCCUGGUGGGGAAGUGCUGCUGUGGGGUUUUUCGCUUUGCUGCACUUCGGGCUGCUGAAGAAAGUGCUGUACUCCACGCUGCUGGCGCUGCACUCGGGCAUGCUUGUGGACCACGUGCUGCUGGAAAAGGUUUGGGAAAUUCAAAGGGCCGAAAACGUGCGACGCACAGCCGAACUCGUAGACCGCCUGCGAGUGCAGUCAACACUUUUUGCAAUAAGUGAAGGCGGAGACAUCUUUUGGAAACAAAUGCAAAUCAAAGUUUUGGCGGUUUCGCGGGCCGUGAAGGACCAAAUGGUGGCCAUGUGGGCUUCGCUGGACGAAGAGCACUUGGGCCAAAUCGACAGAUCCAAACUUUUCAAAUUCCUCAAGUCCCAAGGCCUCGCAGUGCAGACGGAAGCAGACGUCAACGACUUUCUGCAAGUCUUCGACAGAACCAACAAAGGCGGAGUUGACGAAGAAGAGUUUUUCGUUUUGGCGUUGGUGGUCAAACAGCUUCUCGUCGAGCCCUUAGACAAAGACGCCUUGAGAGCUCUCUUUGAAGACAAGUAUGGAAUACCCUGGACAGCUCCCACGGGCAUUGACGUCAACAGCCUCGCCAGGAUCCUCGCAGAUAUUCGAGUGCACUGGUCCGAGGGCAAGCGGCGGUACUUGCUGGACUUCGUGGGGGGCAAAAGAGGCACUGCUGGAGUUGCUGCAGAAUUGUUUGUCUCGCAGCUGCAGGCCAUGGAGGAGCAAACUCUGCAGCCUUUCCAGCAAGCCGCUGGAGAGAUGCAAAGAAGGGCUCAGGGAGAAGGCGCAGAUCGAGUUUAA